CAAGAACAGGAAGGAAGCGGAAUUUGCCUUUUGUGUUUUGUUUUAGCUGGAAGUAAUUCGAAGCACUAGUUAUUAAAUCUUAAUUUAACAAAGAAAUUCUUAAGAAACGUAUCCGUUGUCAUUGUGGACUUACCUUGGCCUGACACGGGUCUGUUAUAUAUUGUAGUGUGUUAACUGACAGGUAGUUUUCCGGCCGGUUUUUCCUGUGCUGUUUGGGCCCGUGUUUGGGUUCUGACUAAAGGAUAAAUUGUUCCUUAAAUCGAUUAGCGAAGAUCACAACAGUCAGAUCGUGUGUCGUUAAUGUAAAUACUAAUUACGUUUAAUUGAAAUAUUUUUAACGUCUCCGCCACCCUGUUUAACUGUACAUAGGAGUGUUACAGAUUAGGUCUUGUAAAAGGACGCUGUCAAGGCUGUAGGGGGCUUCGGGAAGGAUGUACGCCCCACCGGGAAGCGCUCUCCCUGGGACUCGGCGCAGACGCGGCCCGGGAGGUACGGCGCUGCCCAAGCAGCCGGAGCGCAGCCUGGUGUCGGCGCUACCCGGAGCCCUGUCCAUCACGGCGCUGUGCACGGCGCUUGCCGAACCCGCCUGGCUCCGCGUCCACGGUGGGACGUGUCCCAGGCAGGAGCUCGGGGUGGCCGACGUGCUUGGAUACCUGGACCCGAAGCUUCUGGAAGACUUCUGCGUAAACCACCAGACCGUCCUCCUCCUCCGGGUCAUCGCUGCCUUCUGCUUCCUGGGCAUCCUGUGCAGCCUGACCGCCUUUCUACUGGAUGUCUUCGGGCCCAAGCACCCAGCGCUGAAGAUCACUCGCCGCUAUGCGUUUGCACACAUCCUGACCGUGCUCCAGUGUGCCACCGUGAUCGGCUUCUCCUACUGGGCUUCGGAGCUCAUCCUGUCCCUCCAGCAGCAGCACAAGAAGUACCACGGUUCCUUGGUCUACGUCACCUUUGCCAUCAGCUUCUACCUGGUGGCAGGAGCGGGCGGAGCCUCCAUCUUGGCCACAGCUGCCAACCUGCUGCGGCACUACCCCACGGAGGAGGAGGAGCAGGCUCUGGAGCUGCUCUCAGAGAUGGAGGACAGCAACGAGGCCUUCCCGACCGACUACGACCUCGCCAACCAGUUCCAGCCACCGCCCGCCUACACGCCGUAGGGCCGGGCGACGGCCUCGCCAUUUUACAGCUCUGUAAAUUUCGCUGUUGCUGUUGAUGCUCGUGCACACACACAACAAAUGCUGUUUCAUGCACAGAUCAGGAGUCCACUGAACAACUACUUACUAGCUUUUGUUUUUCUUACCCUGCUUAGCACCACACACACACACACACACACCUUCAUGUUGUUAGCAGGCCCUUUUAAGAUAUUUGUAUGAGGAAGUCAUAAUCACCGCGAUGCAGAAGCACUCAUCUUAGAAGUACUUAACCCGUGUGUCAGUCUGUGGUUGUUUUUCUCACGUCCUGAGGGAGGAGUGUUAUCGGCAUCUGUGAGAUGCUGCCGUACUUUGCAGCAUUUCCUCCGCCACAUUUUCUCGCGGUUUGCUCUUUAACAUUCCUACGAUGACCUCUCUGAGCAAGCAUGGCGUGACUUCUGGCAUGCCGGAGGCAAUGGGAGGGGCAAGGAUUUAUUUAAAAUUUUUGUUUUAAAAUUUUAUGGCCUCCUUGGCAUGUAGCUGUAGCUUGUCUCAGAGGGUGAGGCUGGGUAGGGGAACACGGUCAGCAGUGUUGGGCCUGAGGUUGGGCUGUGCCAUUAAAUGUUUUUUUUUGUAGCUCAUAGGAGGAGAAUUUGGGGCUUGGUGGAAUCAUGACCUAUAGGUGCCCUUCCAGCUGCCUGCCGCACCUGGGCCACAAGUUCAUCGCUUUCUGAACCUAGCUGUCUGGCCAUUUGUUUCCCAGUGUUCCAGAGUGUUCUGGAAACCUGGGAAAUACAGACCUCCUUAAAGUCUGGGGCUGGGAGCUUGGUAGCAGAUGACAGGUCUUUCGGGCUUGGGUGUCGGCUGGCCCUGCCAAAUGGAGGCGAGUGAGGUGGCUUGUGGGACUUUGAGUCCACCUCCGCUGGGCCCCUUUUAUUAUUAUUAUUAUUUUUUUUUUUUACAUUUUUUGGUCUUAAGUUUUAAAUGUUAGAUGUGGCAAAAAGCGUGACUCUGAAAUAACUGCAUGCUGUCCAAUAAUAAAACGUUGAAUUGACUUGUAUUUAAUUUCUUGGAUCAUUAGGUGUUUUAAGCGAAGCGAUGUCUGCUGGUUUCCCAUUGUCGUAUCACCCUGAAGCUUUGACACAUCUGAACGACUGCAGACCAGUUUUGGCACAGGCAGUGACAAUGGGGCCUUUCCCACAAAGCACCUGAUCAAUUCUUUCUAAAUGUUAAUCCUGUUUUUUAAUGUGUGUAUAUAUUUUCUCUUUAAAAGAAUUUCGAGUUUCAGUGGUUUUAUAAUCCAGUAAGAAUGCCUUCAGCAUUACGUUUCAGUUUUAGGCAAAUGCCAGUGGAUGAAAAAUGCAUUAAACACGUCACUCAAAUCUACAGUCAAAGGACUGUUAGACAGACCCAGUCCCUGAAAUGGUUACCUGCACUCUUAUUGCCUGUUAUAUACGUGUGAUAAUUUUCUUUUUUUAAUCUCUGUGGGACAGAGAAGGUGCAUGAAACUUGUCAGGUGUAAUGCUGAAGAUCCGUAUUGUUUGACAGUCCAUCAUCCGAUAAUUUAUCCUGUUCUAAUGUGGUCCAGAUGUUGAUCAAAUAAUGGUUUAAAUUUGUUUUUAUUUUCCUUUUUUGUGAUCUUUUUAUCGUUGCUAUGUUUCUGAUGUUAGUAUGAUUGUAAAAGUUGGCGGCAAAGUUGAUUUGUGAACAGUGACCCAUAAAGCAUUUUUUUUGAUUAUA